GACAGUAGGCUGAUAUUUCUUAUGCUCAGUUCAAGAGAGUUUACUACUGGCUAUUGGCUAUGUCAUAUAUAAUGUUUUUUAUAUUGUAUAUUGACUUCACUUGCAUGUAAAUGAAUGUUUCUGUAGUUUUCAUGUGGCAGUGACAGGCUCUUUAUUUACUGAUAAGGCUUUACAACCAUGGUGGGUCAAACUACUGUCGUGAACAGAAUCAAAACAUUUCAAGCAGCUGUGUGUGUCCUGAACAGCCUGCAGAAAAAUGCUGCUCUGUUGCAGAAUCCAAGGCUGCAGUUCCAGGCCAUGCACGGAUUCCUCCAUCGCAUUGGCAUUGCUGUGGGUGAACUGGACAAACUCAACAUCAUUCAUGUCACUGGGACUAAAGGAAAGGGAUCAACAUGUGCUUUUACUGAAAGAAUACUCAGGAAUUAUGGCUUUCGGACAGGAUUUUACAGCUCUCCACACUUGGUUCAUGUCAGAGAGAGAAUACGAAUCAAUGGAUGGCCAAUCAGCAAGCAGCUUUUCUCUAAGUACUUGUGGGAGGCUUAUGAGCGGUUAGAGGACACAAAGGGUGUCAGUGGAGGCACCAUGCCUUUCUAUUUCCAGUUUCUGACUCUUCUGGCCUUCCAUGUCUUCCUGCAGGAGAAGGUAGAUUUAGCAGUGGUUGAAGUUGGGAUUGGAGGGCAGUAUGACUGCACCAACAUAAUCAGGAAACCAUGGGUGUGUGGGAUCACAUCUCUUGGUCUUGAUCACUGCAGUUUGCUCGGAGAUACGAUGGAGAAGAUUGCUUGGCAGAAGGCUGGGAUAUUCAAGCCAGGUGUCCCAGCAUUCACUGUCCAACAACAACCCAGCUCUCUGAGAGUCCUCCAGAGCAGAGCUGAAGACAUCGGGUGUCCUCUCCAGGUCUGUCCUGAGCUGGGUCAGUAUGAAGUUGUGGUUGGUCCUGUGAACCUGGGACUAGCGGGAAAACACCAGCGCUUAAAUGCAUCACUUGCCCUGCAGCUCAGUCACAGCUGGCUGCAACGUCACAAAGCUGAGGAGAGAACAGGUACAUUUCCUAUGACAGAUAAAAUCACAAUACAUGCACUUUCCCAGGCUGUUCUUUUCCAGCCCAGCACAGCUAUGUUGGAAGGUCUACAGGAAACAGGGUGGUUAGGACGAAACCAGAAACUAAAGUAUGGGAAUGUCACAUAUUACCUGGACGGAGCCCAUACCACAGCCAGUAUGCAGGCCUGUGUCUGCUGGUUCAGGCAGGAGAUGCUGCAGAGAGAAGAGACUCAGGGUCCUGUACUUAAAAUCCUGCUCUUCAACACAACAGGAGAGAGGGACUCUGCUGCUUUAUUGAGACUGCUGGUGCCCUGCCACUUUGACUAUGCACUGUUCUGCCCCAACAUUACUGAAACACCUAUUAACAACACAGGUCAUCACAGCAGCACUGUGUGUGUGCAGCACAUGCUGGCUCACUGCAGAGAGAACCAGAGCAGCUGGCAGAGUCUGAACCCAACAGAAACAAUACAUCACCACCAUCACCACCUAGUGACCAGCUCUGUGAGUCACAGCCUGGUGUUCCCCUGCAUCCUUAGUGCCCUCCAGUGGAUCAGCCAGGGAGAACAGCCAGCCUUGACCCCUUCUGGAUCAUUGGGCUUCACUGACAGGCUGAGCGAAGCGGGUCACAUCUCUGUACUGGUGACUGGCAGUCUGCACCUGGUGGGAGGAGUGCUUAAACAUCUGGAACCUUCACUUGACUCAUAGCAGGUUAGAAAUGAUUGACCUGAACUAUUACUGUAAUCAUUAUGGAUUACUGUGAUCAGUCUCUAAGAGCUCUUCAUCUUGUAGUGUUUAGUCAGUUAAUAUUAUUUGAUGUUUUUUUUCUUAUAUCUCAGCAGCAACAUUGUAUUACUUAACUGUAUGUAAUCUUUUCUUUUCAAUAGUUAUUUAUCGCAGCCAUUUUGUUCAACAGUUACUUUAAAAUAUCUCUAUGAUGUUUCUAUCAGUACACAAAAUGUGUUGUGCUCAACAACCUGUAUGGUAAAAGUGAAGUACUUCAUGCUUCAAUUAUCAUCUGUGGUUUUAAUGUAGAGUAAUAUUAAUUGAUAUUAUAUUGUAGUCACAUAUUUUUUUCUAGGCCCAGAACAAUCCCAGUGCUGUUCUAAAGACACAGUGAUAAUACUUGAUAUUGUGGGUAGUUGGUUUCAUGGUGGCCUGACUUACAGCCAGUAUUCCAGUUCAUUGCAAAAGCGUUGGAUGGGGUCACACACAGUUCCUUCCUUGAAACUACUAGACUCCAUCAAAAGCUGCCCCAGACCAACACACAAGUGUAUGGACAGGGUAUAGACAGUGCCCACACACUUUUGGCCAUACAUAUCUUUAUAAAAUCCUUUACUAAAAACAGUACUGUAUAUCAGCCUGUGAAAUUACUGACUAUUUUUUUUUUCAAAAGCUUAAUACAUGUAUCUCAGACAUGAUUUAGUUUAUUUAUUAAUUUACAAGGAUAGACAAAAGGUUUCUUCCUGUUUAUUUAAGCUGCAGAGAGGAUGUUGUAUUCUUAAUGUAUCAUUGUGUGGUUUGUCUCCAUUUCAGAAAUAAUGUUCAGGACUUGGAAGCUGUGUCUCUGUUAUAUACAUGACUUUUCACACUCGAAUACAAGGCUCUGAUUUAAACAAAAUGUAUUAAAUAAUCUGAUUUUCAUUUGCACAAGAGCAUAUUUUGGUUCUCAAUUUAAAAUGAAAUUGAUGACAAAAAAAUCUGAACUGUUCAUUUUUAUUAUUAUUAUUAUUUUUUUUUUGCAUGGAAUAAUGUUAUUGUGUAUAAGUGUGUAUAGUGUGUCUGUGUGUGUAAGUGUAUACACAACUAAACUGCACCUCAAAUAUGUUUUGAAAUGUAAUAACUAGCCCAAAGGUUAAAUUGUCUUGGAAAGAAAGAAGUUCUAUAUUCUUUACAAAUGGAUUCACCAAAGAGCACAACCGUCGCACCAGAGCCCCACCUUAAUUCAGAGCCCCAACUGCAUCCAGAGCCACAUACAGGCCCAGAGAACAAAAGCACCCGGGUGAGGGAGAGAUCAUAUUUUUGUUCUUAGUUUCUUCUGAAAAAGUAAUUGAAUGUAUUCAUUUAUUGUUGUUGUACCUGACUAUACACUGGAUAAAAUGUUCUUCACCUCAAGGCAGUGAGUUAACUGUUUGUUGAUGAGGAAGGCAAGAUGUAAUAUAGCCUGUAGCAAUUGAAAGCAUCCUGAUCAUCACCUUUUAAAAAAGGGGCAUGCUGUGGCUGCCUUCCACUUAGCUGGUAAAUCAGCAUUAUGGAUGGAAAGGUAAAAAAUGUCUGUUGAUUGUGCU